AUGGCUGAGCUUGAGAACAUACAAAACCUUCGUGAAAACUUCAAGAAACAUAAUAAAUCUUGUUUUAUCCUUGGUGCAUCAGGAGCAACUGGCAAAGAGUUGUUAAAAGAAAUUUUGAAACAGCAAUUGUUUUCUAAUGUCACCAUCAUAGGACGUAGAAAACUGACUUUUGAAGAAGUGGCAUAUCAAAAUGUGAAUCAACAGGUGGUAGACUUCGAAAAACUGGAUGAAUAUUCUGCAUCAUUUCAAGGUCAUGAUGUUGGAUUCUGUUGUCUUGGUACCACAAAAGCAAAGGGAGGAGCAGAUGGAUUUGUUCGCGUUGAUCAAGAUUAUGUUUGCAUGUCAGCAGAGUCGGCAAAAGCUGGUGGUUGUAAACACUUCCUCUUGGUAUCUAGCAAUGGAGCUGAUAAGCACAGUAUUUUUGGUGAAGCAGAAGUUAAAAUUGAAGAACUUAACUUCGAUCACUGCACUAUAUUUAAACCUGCAUUGAUUUUAUGUGACAGAGAAGAGUCACGUCCAUUAGAAUGGUGUGCUAGAAAAAUUCUGGGUUGCCUCUCUCAUGCGAUGUCUAUUACUGCACUUUCUGUGCCCGUGUCCACAUUAGCAAGAGCUAUGGUGAACAAUGCAGUAAUCCCGAGUGACAAGAAGGUGGAGCUGUUAGAGAACAAGGAUAUCCACAGGAUUGGAAACCAAGAUGAAACAAAGACCAGCUAA